AUGAAAAGUCUUAUAAGCUUUCUAGCCCUUAUAUGACUAGCUACAGGUGAUUCUUCAAGAACUGCUCAAGAUGGAUACUUGGAUCUUGGAAAAAUCAGAUGAUGAAAAGAUAUUUGGGCUCCUAAUCCUAUUGAGCUCUCUCAAACUAAUUCUGGGACUUCCAGUGUCACUGUCAAUAUCAAUUUUAGACCUCAAACAUCUUUACCAACAACAGGAAAUAUGGGGUUUGUUAUUGUGACUGUGACAUCAACUUUUUCAAGCACAACAACUUAUACUUCUAACUCUAUGGCAAUAAAGGCAAAUACUGAUACUUCGUAUUCUUUUACUUUAGAAACAACUUUACCUUCUGCCGGAGUCUACGGGCCUUUCCAAAUAGUAACUAAAACUUCAACAUCUGGGCAAAUCUACGACGCAAACUACGUUUUCGGUUGUGUAGCAGUUUCAGCCUCAGUUUCUUCAGCUUCUGCGAAUUCUUUAACAGUAAGCACAGUCUAUUUGACCUCUAUUACAGCAAUUGUUGGUUCCUCAGAUGGACUUUACUUCACUUUUACAAUCCCUGCUAGCUCUAAUCUUUGGAAACACGACACUUUUGAAAUCGUCCCUGACAGCUACUGGACAAUUCCUUCAAGCCCAACUUGUGCUUCUGUUGACAUUUCAGGCAAUACUAAUUAUAUCAAAGGUCCUAACGGAGACAAUAGCCUACCUUGUGCUGUUGCAGCAAGUGGAGGGGCUAAAGGAGGAUACAGCACUGCUAAAUCAACCUCUCCUUCUAUGAUAAACAGCAUUUAUAUAUAUGGGCUUUCUCAAGACGUGAUUAUAACUUCAAGUUAUCAGGUCAAGCUUCAAGUUUCCAGCUUUACUUUGCCUUCUUCAGCUGUUUCAUCAUCAAGCUUCAGUUGGAAUCUAAAAAUCUGGAGAUGGGGAACUACCAACCUUCUUGCUCAAUUUGCUGGAAGCGGACCAUUGCAACCAGUCGCUGGAACUAUAACAGUAAGCUCAUGGGCUCCAUAUAAUUCUAAUUUGCAAACAUCAGAUAUUCCAAAUACUUCUAGCGCUUUUUAUAUCUUUACUAUACUCACUUUGCAAACAGCUCAUCCAAUUACAGCUGGAUCAAUUAUUAUUACCUUUAACAACAACGUAGACAUUAAUGGUGGCAAAUGGUGACAAGACGCUUAUGAUGGAUCAGGGUCAAAUAAUAAAGCUUUAUGCUAUUUGAAUACCUAUGAAAAAGGUGUGACUUGCGCUGUAAGUAUUUCAAGUCAGUCAGCAACCAUUUACUUUGGUAACAGAAGUUCUGGCCUUGCUGCUAAUAUUGCAAUUUCUAUUACUCUUUUAACGAAGCUUAGUGUAGGUGCUAAAAUUUCUUCAAUAACAAGCAAUGAUGCAACAAGUUCUACUAAUGUUAUUGAUCAAUUUACUGCAGGAUAUGCUUGGACAUUUGGCAGCUCAGCUACAACAGCUUAUACCUCUAUGACUAAUUUCCAGUUUUAUGCAGCUUCUGGAACGGCGUGGAGUGGUUCAACUGCUGGUACAAUUGAGUAUAAAGAUCCAUCACUUUUUGUUUCAGGCUUGCAAAAAGGAGGUAAUCUAGAUACUUGAUGUGGGCUGCAACGCCAUCAACUACUUGGGCAGCCAAUUGUUAAAUAUAAAUGUCCCACCCUUAUUUGUAUAUAUAAUUUAAUUAGACUUAUUAUAAUAUUUAUCGAAGUUAGGAAGGUUUAACAAUAUGGAUUAACAAUAAUAUGUAUAAACCUUAAAUCUUUUUGUAAAAUAUUAAAAGAUGGCUAAAUAGUUGAUAAUUAUUUUUUUAUAUUUUUAUUAAUUUUUUCUGUUUAUUUAUAAUGAUUUUUGAGUAGGCUGGUCUUUAAUUUUUUGGCCUGCCAGUUAUAGUUUAG